AUGGCUUAUGACGAUUCUCAGACUAUUAAUUGUGCUCUUCUUGGUACUAAUUCUCCUUAUUUGAAACAUAAUAAAAUGCAUCAAAAUACGUCUUUAACGCCAAAUAAUAAAUUAACACGAGAUAAUUUAAGAUGGACGGAUCGUGCAAGUUCAUUCAGUGCGAGUUUUCGUCGAUAUCGAUCACCAUUUCGUCGAAAUGGAAUGAAUACAUCAUCGAUUAAUUCACAAUAUGUUUCACCGCCUUCAUUUCCAUUAUUUCGUCAUUUUUAUCUUAUGCGUAGUUCACUUAGACAUAAACGGAAAGGUUUAUUUCGUAAUAAUACAAUUGCUGGUGAUUCAUUACUAUCGGAUAAAUUUCAUAUAACACCUCGUAUUGAAUCUCAUCAUGUUAUUAUGACAUUAUUUAUUACAAUUGCAAGUGCUUUACUAUUAAUAUUCAUGAUUUUUCUUGAUUUAGCUUAUUUAAAUGAUGCUAUUCCAAAUGUAAUUAAACAUUCAACAAUAAUUAAUAAAAAUACAUUAUGUUUUUAUUAUCCAAAAGUGUGCGUUAUGAAAGGAUUAGUUAUAAUUAUAUUUAUUGCUAUAACAACAUUAUUAUGUUAUAGUAUUUUAACAUUAUAUACACGUGCAAGAUCUCAUACACUUUUACUUGAACGUAAAACAGAUGAAUUAGAAAAAGAAAAAUGUUUAACACAAAAAUUACUUCAUCAAAUUUUACCACCAUGCGUAGCAAAAGAUUUAAUUAAUGGACGAAAAGCACCAGCUGAAUAUUUUGAUUCAGUUACUGUAUAUUUCUCUGAUAUUGUUGGAUUUACAAAUAUAGCAAGUAUGUGCUCACCAAAUGAAACUUGUGAUAUGUUAAAUCAACUUUAUUCAACAUUUGAUUCACUUUUGGAAAAUUUUGAUGUUUAUAAAGUUGAAACAAUUGGCGAUGCAUAUAUGGUUGUAUCAGGAGCACCAACAAAGAAUGGUGAUAAACAUCCGAAUGAAAUUGUCAAUAUGUCAUUAAGUUUAAUUCGUGGUAAACAGCAAGUUCGUGUACCACGUACAUUUGCCGAACUUCAGUUACGUAUUGGUAUUCAUACAGGACCUGUAUGUGCUGCUGUAAUUGGAUCAAAAAUGCCUCGUUAUUGUAUGUUUGGUGAUACAGUAAAUGUUGCUAAUCGAAUGGAAUCUACUGGUGUACCUGAGCGAAUUCAUAUAAGUGAUGAUACAUAUAAACGAUUAACAAAUCCAGAACAAUAUAUAUUUGAAGAACGUGGUGAAAUAGAUAUUAAAGGCAAAGGUUUAAUGCGUACAUAUUUUUUAUUGGAUCGAAAAUCACGUCAAAGUAUUUCAAGAUCACGUACAAACACUCUAUUUGAUAAAGAUCCAUGA